GGCGGGGCCCGGCUGGCCCGCCCCCCCCGCCGCAGCGCGGCCCGUUCCCGUCGCUGCCGGGCGGGUCCGCGGGCCCUGCGCGCCCAUCCCCGGCCGGACAUGGCCGAGAGCGGCCCCGGGGCGGCCGCGCCGCGGGACGAGGCCGCGGAGGAGCCCGAGGGCGGCGGGCGGCGCUGGGGCGCUCAGCACGCCGGGGCCCGCGAGCUGGCCGAGCUCUACUCGCCAGGAAAGAGAAUACAAGAAUGGAUCUCUGUCAUCUUAUGCUUCUCUCUGAUCUGCUUCAAUUUUUACAAUCUCCUCUUCUACUUGCGACUGGAACACACGCCCUCGGUUCUCGUUGGGAUAUUUGCAGGAGUUAUUACGGCCGACUUCCUCUCAGGAUUGUUCCACUGGGGAGCAGAUACCUGGGGAUCUGUGGAGCUCCCCAUCGUUGGAAAGGCUUUCAUCAGACCCUUUAGGGAACACCAUAUUGACCCCACAGCAAUCACCAGACACGAUUUCAUAGAGACCAAUGGAGACAACUGCUUCAUGACCCUGGUCCCCUUGGCAAACAUGGCGUACAAAUUUGUUUCUUUUUCCCCAGAGGCGCUGUGUGAGACCUGUCCCUGGGAGUGUUACGUCUUUGCCCUCAUCAUCUUCAUAACCAUGACGAACCAGAUCCACAAGUGGUCCCACACCUACUUUGGCCUUCCACGCUGGGUCGUGUUCCUCCAGGACUGGCACAUCAUCCUGCCCCGGAAGCACCACAGGAUCCACCACGUGUCCCCACACGAGACCUACUUCUGCAUCACCACGGGUUGGCUGAAUUAUCCGUUAGAGAAGAUAAGAUUUUGGAGAUGCUUGGAGAACAUCAUCCAAGGACUUACUGGGGAGAAGCCGAGAGCAGAUGACAUGAAAUGGGCUCAGAAAAUCAAAUAACUUUUGCCAGCCUUCUGCAAUCCUUAACUUGUUGCCAAUGUUGUUUUUAAAAGAAAAAAAAAAAUAAUAAAGCCAUCAGCCAAAUUCAAGACCUGCAAAGAAAUAACAGACUCUAAAGCACAAACUAAAAAGUGCUAACAAACACAGACUGCAAUGAAAAGAACUAAUUCUUAAAACAAUACUUGAAAUGAAGAUGAUUACUCUCACUGAGCACCUUUUUGUGUAGCCAUGUCUGCUUACACCCUAGAACUUGCUUCGUCGCUGUAUCCGUGAGGUACCGGGCACGCCAGAGGCAGCACGGGCACUCCAGGGGGACGUGGGGGCGUAGGAAACGUGUGUUGUAUCAACAUUACUGAACACUUCCAAAACAGCUCGUUGCCUAAGACCUACAGGGAGAGCGGUGACAGGUUUGUCACUUGGUGUUGGAGUGCAGGGGCGCUGCAUGAGAGCAGUGCGGGGAGCAGUGGAAGCCUAUAAAAUCAUGUUCAAUGCACUCAGUGAUCCAUGGACGUGCAGCUCUGGCUUCGCGAUCAUGUUCAACCCGGUUGGUGUCCUGUGGAACAGACUUGGAGAAUCCCGCUCCUCCGGGGGGCCACCAAUCCUCAAGUGUCUUCAGUUUCCCUUAAAUCAGAAUUCUUCUACUCUCCACGUGGAAUUGAGCAGUUUCUGCAUAAGCCUUCAGCUCCAGGAGCCUCUGGAGGAGAGGGAGGGCACCCUACAAACACGUGUGUCUGUUCGUGUGGAGUGCUCACUGCUGAGUCUUCUAUUAAGUGUUUCCUACCCUGACAAUAAAUGUUUGAAAUAGUUCUAGCGUUGGGCACACUGCAAAUAGCUGUAUUCAAGAGCUCAAGGUAUCAAACUCGUAAUGUUAGAAGGGAAAUGUCGAUGACUGGUGUUUUGUUCUUUUUAUUUUUUUUAAGGUGCUUGCUUAUUUCUGUAAAUAAUAUAAAGCCUUAAUCUCUUCUGGUGUAAUGGAAUAAUAUUUUAAUGUGAUGUUUGAAUGUAUAUAAUAUAUUUAUAACAAAGCAGUUGGAUAAUACUAAUCAC